AUGUCAAAAGUUCCCAAGAUUCGUGCAAAAGUGAUUGAUUGUAAACAAGGUGCCGUUCGUGCUGUUCGAUAUAAUGUUGAUGGAAAUUAUUGUAUAACAAGUGGAAGUGAUAAAACUAUCAAAUUAUGGAAUCCGUUGAAAGGAAGUUUAUUGAAAACAUAUUCAGGAACUGGAAAUGAAGUAUUAGAUGCUUGUUCUUCAUCUGAUAAUUCACAAAUUGUGGCUGGAGGAGCUGAUCGAGCCUGUACUGUAUUUGAUGUUGAAACUGGAAAACAAUUGAGAAGGUGGAGAACACAGGGAGGUAGGAAUUUGAAAUUUGAUAUUAAAAAUACUACUGGGUUACUUUUGAUCUCAGAUUGGAAAUAUUUACUUAUAAAUCUAUUUUUUAAUGAGAUAGUUGUCUCCAAGUUUAUGAAUUCUAAAUGUAUUUUUUGGUUAUGAGUUUUGAUGAAAGAAAAUUAAAAAAUCCGAUAAAUUAUUUUUCCAAUUUUUUUCUCAAGUAUAAAUUGUUUCAGCUCAAGUAAAUGCAGUUGCUUUCAACGAAGAAUCAAAUGUGUGUUUUUCGGGUUCGACAGAUUGCACAAUGCAUGCAUUUGAUGUUCGAUCUCGAAGUGAAAAACCAAUUCAAAUAUUCAAUGAAUCAACUGAUGGAAUACUUUCAAUUGAUGUGAAUCAACAUGAAAUUGUUGUUGGAAGUGCUGAUUGUAAUUAUCGGACAUAUAAUAUUCGAGAUGGUAAUGUAAGUCAAUAUUUAAGAUUUUUUGUAAACAAAGAAAAGAAAAGUGUACUGAAUUUCAGAUGACAGUUGAUUUUAUGGGAGAUGCUGUGAAUAGUGUUCAUUUUACACCGGAUGGAAAUUGUAUUCUCGCUUCGACUGGUGAUGGAAAUGUUAGAUUGAUGGAUAAAUCGAAUGGAAAACUGUUGGCCAGGUAUUUUUUAACCUAGUUUUUGUAGAGAUGUUUGAACUGAAAAAAAUUACACGAAAAUUUCAAAAAAUUCGCAAAAAAUCAAAGCUUCAAAUUUUAGUGAAAAAUGAUGACACUAUGGUUCAUUAUUUGAAACUCACAGAAAUCAACUUUCAAAUUUUUCAGCUACAAAGGACAUGAAAAUUCAACGUAUAAAAUCGACAGUUGCAUUCUUCAAUCAAUUGAAUUCAUUGCAACUGGAUCUGAAGAUGGAUUUGUUUAUAUUUAUAGUCUUAUGGAUUCGGAUAUUGUUGCGAAACUUGACCAUCCAUCAAAAGUUAUUCCAUCUUUAUCUUCUCAUCCGAAAAAAGAACGAUUAUUGACUGCUUCGGGACAACUUAUUUAUCAAUGGGUUUGUGAAGAUGAUCAAGAUUUUCAUGUUUGA